CACACAGCCACCCAUACAUGGUCUACAUUCGUGACAAACAAACACAUAAAGCUUGUAGUGGAUUUUUGAUAAGAGAAGAUUUUGUGAUGACGGCUGCACACUGCAAAACAAAUCAACUCAUGGUGUAUUUGGGUGUUAAUGACACAAAUGAUUUACCUGAGGGUAUAGAGGUCGAUGUUUUUCCACAUGAAAGUUUUGCAGACAAGCCAGGUGAUGACAUCAUGCUACUAAAGCUGAAAAAUCCAGUAACUCUGGGCGAGACUGUGAAUAUCAUUGCCCUGCCAGAGACUAAUAGAGAGGAAAUCUCAAGAAACUGCAUGGCCAUGGGUUGGGGCUUAGAAGAAUACAAUGAGAAGACUCCAUCAAGUGUCCUGAGAGAAGUGAACUUGACUCUUUUAGACUCUGAAAAUUGUGCCACACCUCACACUUUAUGCACUCAGGAAGUAGCCGGGCCAGCACGGGGAGACUCUGGCAGUCCACUAAUUUGUGGAAAUGUCCUACAGGCCAUUGUGUCUUACUACAAAACAAAUGAGUCUACAAGAUACCUUACAAUGUAUACUAAAAUCUCUCACUACCUUCCAUGGAUUCAUGAAAUGCUGAAUAUACACAAACUAUGGAAGUCAAAGCUGGAUGCAUUUAAAAUAUCUGAUAUUAGAGUGUGUAUGAUUGGAAAAAUUACCAGUCCAUAAGCCGGAUCAAAUCAUUACUUUCUGCAGCUACAACCUACAUUGUUUAUUUGUAUUACAAAUAAUCUUUAUAGGAGGCCACAACUGUUAUAUUGUAGUGAAAGUUUAUUGAUUAAAAGGAUUCAAUAAUGGUGUGUCAUGAACAUGUCCUGUGUCUCUUAUGUCUUGUGUUUUGUACUCUUAUUUUGAAGUUCAGGUUAAAACACAAAGGGAAGGA